AUGAAUCCCAUAGCUAAGCCAGCUACCACCCCUUCUUUCAAUGCUGCUGCGACAGAGGUUCCAAGGAAGCGCAAAGGAAGUGAUUCUGAUAACCAGGAUACAGCUGAAGUUGAUGGUGAUCCUCAGAAAAGGAGUGAAGAUGAAGAACAUGUUAAAAUAAAAGAUUUCAGAGAGGCUCACAGUCAAACAGAGAAACGAAGAAGAGACAAAAUGAAUAAUUUGAUUGAGGAGCUGUCUGCUAUGAUACCUCAGUGCAAUCCCAUGGCACGGAAGCUGGACAAGCUUACAGUGUUACGGAUGGCUGUACAGCACUUAAAAUCUUUAAAAGGUUCCACUAGCACCUAUACAGAAGUCCGGUAUAAACCUUCAUUUUUAAAGGAUGAUGAGCUCCGACAGUUAAUCCUUAGGGCUGCAGAUGGAUUCCUGUUUGUGGUUGGAUGCAACAGAGGGAAAAUUUUGUUUGUCUCAGAAUCAGUUUGCAAAAUACUUAAUUAUGAUCAGGCCAGUUUAAUUGGACAAAGCUUGUUCGAUUACUUGCAUCCAAAAGACGUUGCAAAAGUUAAGGAGCAACUUUCUUCUUCAGAUGUCUCUCCUAGGGAGAAACUUGUAGAUGGGAAAACUGGCUUGCAAGUACACACAGAUUUCCAAGCUGGACCAGCUCGACUGAAUUCUGGUGCUCGACGUUCCUUCUUCUGUCGGAUAAAAUGUAGUAGGACCGCAGUCAAAGAAGAAAAGGAGUGCUUGCCCAACCCAAAGAAGAAAGAUCACAGAAAAUACUGUACCAUUCACUGUACUGGGUAUUUGAAGAACUGGCCUCCUAAUGAGGUGGGAGUAGAAGAGGAAAAUGAUGUAGAGAAGGACAGUAGUAACUUUAACUGUCUUGUUGCAAUUGGGAGGUUACAUCCUUAUAUUGUUCCACAAAAGAGUGGAGAGAUAAAAGUGAAAGCAACAGAAUUUGUUACACGAUUUGCCAUGGAUGGAAAAUUUGUUUAUGUAGAUCAGCGUGCAACAGCAAUUUUAGGUUAUCUGCCACAAGAGCUUCUAGGAACUUCGUGUUAUGAGUACUGCCAUCAAGAUGAUCACAAUCAUCUAGCUGAAAAACAUAAAGAAGUGUUGCAGAAUAAAGAAAAAGUAUUUACAAAUUCCUACAAAUUUAGAGCAAAAGAUGGAACUUUUAUUACUUUAAAGAGUCAGUGGUUUAGUUUCAUGAAUCCAUGGACCAAAGAGCUGGAGUACAUUGUAUCAAACAACACUGUGAUAUUAGGUCAUAAUGAGUCAGCUGAAGAACAGGUCCUCUACAGUUCGCAGCCUGCAGAAGAUGCUGUGAAACAGUCUUUAGUAAGUGUACCUGGAAUGUCCUCUGGAACAGUUCUUGGUGCUGGAAGUAUAGGAACUGAAAUUGCAAAUGAAAUAUUAGAAUUGCAAAGGUUGCAUUCUUCACCGUCUGGAGAGUUAAGUCCAUCAUGUCUCUUGAGGAAGUCAUCUUCUCCAGCUUUAACUGUAAACUGCAGCAAUGUGCCAAAUAAAGAGUUGAUACAGUUAUGUUCUUCGGAAACAGGAGUUUUGGAGACUUCAGAACAAAAUCAGGGUGCUAUUCCAUUUCCCAGUAAUGAACCUCUCCUCAGUGGUAGUUCCCAGCUGGAUUUUGAUGCAAUAUGUGAAAAUGAUGACACUGCUAUGACGGCUCUUAUGAAUUACUUGGAGGCUGAUGGAGGACUUGGAGAUCCAGCUGAACUCAGUGAUAUACAAUGGGCUCUCUAGUUUUGCUUUUUCAAAAUAAGAAGGAAUGUAAAAUCCAUAAUGCACAACAACCGUACAUCCUCAGUACUGUAUUAUAAUUUUGUAAUGUUUCAUUUGAAUUCAUAGUUACUGUCUAUAGAUUUCUAAAGACUGAAGCCUUGUUCAGAGAGAGUUCCUGCUGCACCUAAGGAAAGAUGCAAUAUUUUUUUUCAUGAUGGGGAAACCUUGAAAUUUUAAUACUGAACCAUCUGUAACUGGAAUGCUUAAAACACACUACUAUAUUUUUGCUAAGAAGCUUUA